GGUUUGCAAAUUCGCGAGAAAACUCAAGGAAAUCUUUGUUAGUUGGUCUUCUCCUUUUGUAGAUAGAAUAUUAAAAAUUUGUCGCAAAUCACGAACACAAACGUGGUUCAUAAUAUGUUAUUGUAAAUGGUCUCUAAAAUCGAGUUUAGUUUUCAAUAUAUGUUUUACUGUUAAUAAAUACAAUUUGUUUAAUUUACAAUGUGAAAUCUACGGACUGACGAGCAAUAAUGACAUCAAAUAUUUAAUACUAUCAUCUAUAGUAAAGACUCGUCAUGUCCUCAGUCGGGCAACUUGUUCCACCUGUGACGCGGGGUCCCCCUAACAUGACAUACAAGUUCAAUGGGCCUCACAUAGAAGGCUCAUUCUGUAGUACUAUAGAUACAAAUUAUGAUCCAGUUAUAAGCGUUAUUUGCGCGAUGUAUAUCAUUUUUGGUAUUGUUUACUCUCUUUUCGGUUAUCGAUGUUUUAAAGCAAGUAUGUUUUUAACUGGAUUCACAUUUGGUUCUGCUGUUGUAUAUCUUAUCUGUCUCCAAGAGUACUUGAUGCCACCUUAUGGAAACGUCGGUGUGGCGCUAUGUGCCGGUCUACUGUUCGGGCUCAUAACAAUGCUGAUCCAAUAUGUCGGUCUGUUUAUGACGGGAUUCCACACGGGACUGCUGCUCGCGAUCGCCGGCCUCGCGAUAUACGACCAUUUCCUGGACAGCAGACCCAAUACGUACUGGCUUUGCGUCGUAGUGUUGCUUUUAUCUGGAAUAUGCUUUGCAGUUUUCAACCUCUACUGGAAGAAAGUUUUAACAAUAUUCGGUACUAGUGUAUACGGAGGCGCUGUUAUCGCCACUUCUCUGGAUUACUUCAUUGAACGAAUGGUGAUGUUAAAAUGGACAUGGGAACGUGCAAAACUUGAGCCAGCGGUCGCACCGCCGUGUACCAUCUCAUGGCUGACGCUGGCCGCUUGGCCCACUGUGGCCAUAGUCGGGUUCACUGCACAGUGCGCUCUCACAGCUACGGGGAUAUACCACGAGGAGAGUAUAAGCGCGCAGAAGCGUCGGCUGAAGGCGCAGCCGCCGCGGCCGGUGACGCGCGAGCAGCGCGCCGAGAUGAAGCAGCGCAAGUACCGGUACCUGUACCAAGUGAGGACGGCGCACGGUGACGUCAUAUCGCAGUCAUACGUGCAAGCUCUGCAGAAAAAGGCACAAUGUGGCAAUUGGGGCGGCAGUGCCGGUGGCGAAUGUAGUACACUGCAGAGCGACUCCACGCAUCUCACUGUUCUGGCCGGCUCCGAGCACGCGCCGCCUACGGACUCUGACGACGAUCUCAACCAGAUUCGCGCACACUAGGUAUCACAAAGACGUGCUCUUUAAGGGGAGUUAUUCUUUUCAUAAUUAUCCAGUAUUAUCCUAAGAGAAUUUCACUCUUAUAUUAUUACAUAAUAAUAUGUGUAGUUGUUAUAAUUAAUCGCAUAUUCUUCGAUAUGAAUUUAUUAUUUGUAAGUUAUGUGAUAAGCUCUCGUUUUUAAUACCUGUGAGAGGAUCGGUCGUUGGUUGGUGUACAAUAUGAUAUUGAAUAUUUGAUAAGAACUUAUAAUAUUCAAGUCACUAAUUUUAAAUAAAAUUGGUUUAACUUCAUUAUAUAAGUCGAGGUUGUUUACACGGCUGCCAGUAACUAGUCAGUUUUGAAUCAGAAUUUUAAUAAAGAUAAAGGAUUCAUGAUAACAUACGUUAAUAUUAUUCAGGCGUUGAUAAGUAAUUCAAAGUAUAUUGUACCCAACCAACUAUGCCUCUAGGUUUAUAAUACUAUAACUAAUUAUUUAUUCUCCAUCGAUCAUCUGUCCGAACAUUCGAGUAUUAUUUAUAAAUAUUACAGCAAAUACUGCCUAGAAUCUAGAUUAUACAUAUUUUUGUGACGAGAUGUUGUAACUCGAUUCAUCGAUUUUGUAUCGAUUUAAUUGCACAUCAUUCGCUGUUUUCAUUAUGGGGAUUUAAGUGAAAAUAAAUUCUAAAAGUGCCACACUACAACAACAUCGAUGACUCGAGUGAGACGACAAUGAAACGUGUACAUUCCAUUUUAAAAUAACAGUUCAAUUAUUUAAUCGACUUUAAAGAAAUAUUUAAUUGUACUAGCGUUAAUUAGUAUCUACGAUCGCGAUGUGCUGUGGUUGUUACUGCUGGGAAACGUUCCUCGUGACGCAUGAUCAUUCGGUUUAUAUUGACUUAGUACACUGCCAAUAAUAUAAGUUUUUGUUACGACCAUUGCUAUUUGGGUAUUCGAGCAGACUAAAUAGUGAUAGAUAUCGAUUAAAGACGAAUACAACGAUAUUCAAUACUCUUCUCUCCGUGUACGGUAUUGAAAUUGUUACAGUGAUAUAUUAAUCGAUUAAUCGUUUCGAUCACGAUGGCACUACUCGAUGUUAGUGCUAAGUAAUAAUGAUUCUGACAAUACGUUACACACAAAUUUGUGGAUUGUCUUUUCGAUCGGUAGUUAGGGUUUUAUAUCCGGUUGGAGCAAAAAUAUGUGAUACAAUUUUAUAUAUUAUUUUUAUUGCGUUAUGGAUUUUAACGAAUUGUUAAAGUUUAGUUUAAAAUGUUUAGUAGCGUUUACAAAUCUUGCCACGUUAUAAUUUUAGGUAUAUAUUUUUGCAUAUUAGUUUCAGCAAGGGUAGCACAAUGCGAUUGUGAUGGGUUUACUCUUAUGAAGGGUAUUAGUUUUAGAAAUUGUAACAAUCAAAAAUGGACGUAAACGUAGUAUGUAUAAGCUAUACUUCCGUUCAACGCAAAGGUACUGUUAUUUGGUUGAUCUGCAUUAAAUGUUUAUUUUCGAAUGCUAAGCAUAAUUUCUUUUUUUUUAUGUAGCAUGCGUAUAAAUGCAUGUAAAUAAUAUAUUGUUUUUUGAUUAAUUCGCCUCAGAUGUUUGGGAUAGUUUUCCCAGUUGAUGAACAUACAUUCUGUUCGCUAAGUGAUAUUUUACUUUUAGCCAAAGUUUAUUUUAGUUGGUAUUGCGCUAAAAGCACAACAGAGUUAAUUUAUUAAUUAUAUAAGAUCCGUAUACGUUACUUUGCUUAUUACUACGCUUAUAAAAGUCAAACGCUUCUUAAAUUACGUUAAUUAAUAUUAUUAUUAUAUAUUUAUUGUACUAAGUAUAUACUGUGACCGUUAUUAUAGACGUGUAAAUAUUUUCAAUUGUAACUCUAAUGGUAGUAUUAUUCGAUAAAAAUUAAUUGAAACAAAGCACAAUUCAUAUGUGUUGUAUAUAGAGAAUUAGUUGGAUAAGUUUGAAUAAGAGAUAAUUGUCGCUCUUCUAUCACUACAUUUCCAUAUAAUCGCUCAAUAUCUAGUCUUAUACGCUGAGUUAUAUACGCAACGUUCGUUAGAAACAAUUAUUUUCAUAAUAAUUUUUAAGUUCCUUCGUCCGUUUGUAAAUUUGAAUGUGUUACACGAAUAUAUAAUUUAAAAAGGGUAUGUUAUGAGUAAUGCUAAAUAUAUGAUACGUUAUAUUGUGUUCCUUCCAUUCCUUGUUUAAAAAUAGUUCAUUUUACGCAUUUAUUUUCACGCGUGUUCCUGAAUAGAUUUAAUAAUUUCGAUGUUUCUUUUAGGGAUACACAUUCAAUGCAUGUUUUCAAUAUGUCUGUUCAGGUACACGUUUACUUUGUCACUUGUAUAUUUAAUCGUUGAUUAUUUGUAUUUUUAUCAAUUUAUUCUUGAUUUAUUUAUAUUUUUGUUUUAUUUUAUUUCCCCUCCCUUUAUUUUUACCACUUCACCAUACCAUUUAUAUCGUUUAUUUAAAAUUUCAUGACCACUUUUAGUUGACAUGGCUCUAAUGUUUAUGUCAUAAUAUUACUCCCAUGAAUUUAUUCAUAAAUCAAUUAGUUCGUUAUCUUUAAAUAUAACAGUUAUAACUUAUAAGAUAUAAACUAAGAUCCAGGAUUAGAAGAAUAUAUCUUCAUUCAUUAAAACAACAAUUUAUGAAUGACUGAUUUCGAUACUAUGAAUUUAUUGAAACA